AGGGGUAGGUGCCAAUUUUUGUUUUGUCCUCUGAAGACAAAAUGGCGACAGCAUCUUCCCCGGGCUUGCAAAAUCUCCUCAAAGUUGGCACCAAAAUCGUCGCCGUCGGCCGAAACUACGUCGCCCAUGCCAAAGAGCUUGGUAACGCCGUCCCGAAGGAGCCAGUUUUGUUCCUGAAGCCGACAUCUUCAUAUUUGCCAAAUGGGGGCACGAUUGAGGUUCCCCAUCUGCUGAAUUCUCUGGAUCAUGAAGUUGAGCUUGCGGUCGUGAUCGGGAAGAAGGCUCGGGAUGUGCCUGAGGACACUGCAAUGGAUUAUGUUGGAGGUUAUGCUUUAGCGUUGGAUAUGACUGCAAGGGAAAUCCAGUCUGUUGCAAAGGCUGCAGGUCUUCCAUGGACAGUUGCUAAAGGGCAGGACACCUUCACACCAAUAAGUUCUGUUCUAUCUCUGUCAAUGGUGCCUGACCCUGACAACUUGGAGUUGUGGUUAAAGGUGGAUGGAGAAACACGACAAAAGGGUUCCACCAAGGAUAUGAUUUUUAAGAUUCCUUAUCUCAUUAGCCACAUAAGUUCAAUUAUGACACUUUUUGAAGGCGAUGUCAUAUUGACUGGGACUCCAGAAGGUGUUGGCCCUGUGAAAGUUGGUCAAGAGAUAACUGCUGGGAUAACAGGUCUUCUUGAUGUUCACUUCAAUGUUGAAAAACGCCAAAAGGCUAGGUAGUGGAGACCUAUGUGUAUCUACUUUUAAUUCUGGUUAUGACAACAAAAUAAUUCAACUUCAUUUGUGUUCUUAUAUGAAAAACCAACAGUACACUAGUGAAUUUGCGAAUAAUAUAUGAGGUUAUUUAUCUCCAGGCUUUUCAUGGAAUGAAUGUGCUACUCAUUU